AUGUGUGAGCUCAAGGAAAAACGACAGGAAUUUGAGAUAUGGAACGCACCAACCUUUUGUGUGAGUGUGACGAUCUUCGAUGGCGAUUCCCAAUGA